AACAUAAAUUUACCUCCAAAUCUGACUGAAGAGGAAGAAAUUCUUCGACAGAAAUAUGCAAGACUACGUAAAAAGAAAAAGCAGUUGCAAGCAUUGAAGACAGUCAAACCAGAGAGGGAACCAGUUAAAGAAAAGCCAGUGAAAAGACCACAUGAGUCAGCAGAAGAUGCUAAAGAACAGGCUAAAAAGCUGGUCAUGUCUGGGGCUAUUAAACUGAGUGACAAGAAAGAGAAGCAGGGAUUUAAGAGAUCUCGAAACCUUGAGAAGAAACUACAAGACCCAGAGAAAUUACCUGCCACACCUGCCACUGUUGGCUUCCAGCCAUUUGCUGCUUCACACCCAGAUGACGAGGAGAGAGUCGAAAGAGAAGAUAGGAGACCAAGGCACCAGCGUGUACGUGGGUUAUAUGAUAAUUUUGUUCGUAGUGAGAGACCACCGGAACGUCCGGACAGAAUUUCUGAAAGACCAGAGAGAGGUAUUGAAAGAGAGGACAGAAGAGAUGAGAGAGAUAGACGUGAGAGAUCAGACAGACCUGAUAGGGAACCUCUUCCUAAAAAAGGUAACACUGUGUAUGUUCAUGGUCAUGGUGUGAAUGAGGAAUUACUGAGGAAGGCCUUCCAUAACUUUGGUAAUAUUGUCAACAUAUCCAUGGAGAAAGAAAGGAAUUGUGGUUUUGUGACCUUUGACAAAAUGGACUGUGCAGAUAUGGCCAUACAAGAGGUAGAUGGCGCUAUGAUUGAAAGUGUUCAGUUACGUGUUUCCAUGGCGAGAAGACAACCAUCAUUUGACAGUACCAGCCAAGAUCCAUCCAGCACUUCAUGGGCAUCUCUAGCCAGUAACAAUUCACAGAAAGGUUCUCACAAAGAUAAAAGAGAUGUAGUGGAGUACGAGGAGGACAUGUUUUGAUAAAACACUUGUUUGUUAUGGGAGAUUAAUAAACAUUUACAGAAAGAGAAAUUAAUUUGUUUUUAACAUGUUUAAGAUCAGAAUGAAAAACGCCGAACGUUUAUCAUACUUGCGACUGAUAUUCACCUAAUGACAUGGAAUUGUUUGGUAAAUGUCGUUUUUGAUUUCAAAACGCUUGUAACUCAGUGUUCAAAUUCCACAAGAGAUUUUGGAUUUUUCAUGUGAGGAAGCUAUCCAGCUAGCUUUUCUAACGUUGGGUGCCAGCAUGGAGGAGAAGUUAUGGUCCUUCUUCACCAAAUAGCUGGAACAUCAUGAUAUGACCUUUACAGUGUUGAUUGGACUUUAAACCAUAUAGGAAAAAAGCAAAAAAGAAAAA